AUGGAACUCACCAUCGCCGAGUAUCACGACGCUCUGCGUGCUGGGCGCACCACCUGCGCGCGCACCGUCUCCGACUAUCUCGCCCGCAUCGCCUUGUACAAUCCCACCCUUCGCGCCCUCAUCACCAUUACCCCGCACGCCCUCGAUGACGCCCAGCGCAAGGACCGAGACGGUCUGCCUCACCCGCUACCACCUCUCCACGGCGUCCCCGUCAUCCUGAAAGACACCUACGCCACGGCCUGCAUGCCCACCACCUCAGGCGUGCGCGCCCUCCGCGCCCUCACGACCAAGAUAGACGCCCCCGUCGUGCAGCGCCUCCUCGCCGCAGGCGCCAUCCUCCUCGCCAAGGCCAACCUGCACGAGUUCUCCCUCGAAGGCGUCACCCUGUCCUCGCUCGGCGGUCAGACCCUGAACCCGUACGAUCUGUCCCGCACCCCGGGCGGCUCGUCCGGCGGCACGGCGGCCGCGUUGGCGGCUAAUUUCGCUCUGGUGGGCUGCGGCGGUGAUACGGUCAACUCGAUGCGCUCGCCGGCGUCGGCGUGUUCGGUUGUUGGGCUCCGGCCGAGUAAAGGACGCGUCGAGGGGACGGGGAUUAUGCCGGUGUCGUGGACGCAGGAUGUCGCGGGGCCGAUGGCUAGGACGGUGAGGGAUGUGCGGGUUUUGUUUGAUGUGAUGAAGAAUCCGGAGGAGGGUCUGUCGUCCAUACCUGAGCCUGUGUCUAUACCUGUGCAUAUCCCCCUCCCCCUCCCCUUAAAACCCCCCGUCGCAGACACAAAUACAAACCCCGUCUAUAAAAUCGGCAUCUUAACCGAUUACUUUCCCAACGAAACCACACCAGACGGGCCCAUCGUCCUGCAAACCAUCACACAAGCCCUACAUCUCGUCACCUCCAAAACCUCCAACAGGAUCCAGUUCGUGCCUCUCCCGCACCAACCAACCUGGGACGUUGCACGGCUUCGCGCAGAGGCUGAUACCCAGGCAUUUGAGUUCCGGACUGCGAUGGAUGAGUUCCUGAACUCGUCGAUUGUGGAGUAUACGCCGCAUCGAAGCCUGAAGGAUGUUACUUCUAGUGGGGAGUUUUGUGAGGAGGCCGUCACCCCGGCGUUUUGGGAGACGCAGCAGGGCCAGAGCCAGCAGGACCAGAAAGAGAAGUGUGAAAACGACAAACAGAAGGAUGAGUUCACACCAACAAGCCCGCAAUACCAUACUCGCCUCUCCAUCAUCGCAUCUCUCAAAGAAUCCGUCUCGUCUUGUUUUGAUGCUCUCGAUCUCUCUGCCAUUGUGUAUCCGCAUCAACGCCAGCUUGUGGCUCGCGUGGGCGAAACCGUUCAGCCGGGGAGGAAUGGCAUUCUGGCUGCGUUGGUGGGAUGGCCGGCGGUUUGCAUUCCGGGCGUUCCGAUCGGACUAGAACUCAUGGGUCGAUUCGGACAGGAUGAGUGGAUCCUGGAGUUAGGGGAGGUGUUUGAGGGGAUUGUGAAUGGACGGAAGGCGCCUUUGUUGGAGGGUGUGGGUGGGUUGUGUAGGGAAUGA